GGUGGUGGGGGAGGAUGCCAGGUUGGGGGAAGAAGCCGCUUCUCGGGGACCCCCCCUUCCCGCCUUGGAUUGGGGGGGGCUUCUUUUAUGGGCGGAGAAGGGAAGGUCCCAUCGGACUGGAGCGCCAGUGGGACUCCAGUGCCCAUGCUCCCCAGCCUGCAUGGGCAGAGAUGGUGGGGCUGCAAUCUCCUGCAAGGGAGGCACCAGCUGGGACUCCAGUGCCCAUCUCCCCAGCCUGCAUGGGCAGGGGGGGGCUGCAAUCUCCUGCAGGAAAGGCACCUGGUGGGACUCCAGUGCCAAUGCUCCUCAGCCUGCAUGGGCAGAGAUGGAGGGCGCUACAAUCUCCUGCAGGGAAGGCACCAGGUGGCACUCCAGUGCCCAUGCUCCCCAGCCUGCAUGGGCAGAGACGGAGGCACUACAAUCUCCUGCAGGGGAGGCACCAGGUGGCACUCCAGUGCCCAUGCUCCCCAGCCUGCAUGGGCAGAGACGGGAGGGCUGCAAUCUCCUGCAGGGGAGGCACCAGGUGGCACUCCCGUGCCCAUGCUCCCCAGCCUCCAUGGGCAGAGACGGGGGGGGGCUACAAUCUCCUUCAGGGGAGGCACCAGGUCGCAGAACGGGAUCACGUGACCCCCCCCAGUACAUGGCCACCGUCACAAGUACGAGUCAGUUGCCAAGCCUCUGAAUUUCGAACCCGUGACCGGGGAGAUGCAGGAAAAGUCACGAGGGUGCAAAACGGCCGGAUCAUGGCUGGGCCCAGCCCCACGAGCUACGUGCGCGAAUUCACCCGCCACUCCAGCGACGUCCUGACCAACCUGAACGAGCUGCGCAAGCGGCAGAUCCUGACGGACGUCACCUUGAGGGUGGGCGGCCACCCCUUGCAAGCCCAUAAGGCUGUGCUGACCGCUUGCAGUGGCUUUUUUUAUUCCGUCUUCCUGGGCCACGGGGGCCACGAAGUCAGUGUCCUGACCUUGCCCAGCUCCAUUGAGCCGGUGGGCUUCCAGACCCUCCUGGAUUUUAUGUACACCUCCCGCCUUCUGCUCAGCCCGGCCACGGCCCCCGCGGUGCUGGUAGCCGCCUCCUAUUUGCAGAUGGAACAUGUAGUCCAGAGCUGUCACCGCUUCCUCCAAGCCAGGUACGACCGGGUGACCUUUCUCCUCCCCCCUCUGGACCGCCAAAGGUGCCGGCCACUGGAAGACGACCCCCCACCGCAACGGGGCUCCAUCGCACCCCACUUUACCCGAGGAGCCACCACCGAAAGGGCCCCGCAGCCAGCAUCCUUCCGCCCCACCGAGGAGGAAUCGGGAUCCGUCGGGUCACCAGGCGCCGGGGAUCUGUUCCCGGCGGGCCACCCGGCCUCCCCGGCCGAGUCGAGCAGCUGCACCCCGAUUCCGGACCCCAAAGCUUGCAACUGGAAGAAGUACCGCUUCAUCGUCCUCAGUUCCUUGUUGCGCCAGCAGGGGGCCAGCGUGUCUGGCCAGGCGGGCCCGUCCCCCAGGAGGCCCCCUGCAGACCCCCCGUGCUCCAUCUGCAACCUGGCGCCCCCCUCGCGCUCUCCGCAGCCCCCCAAGGAGCUUCCCACGCCAAGGGGAGACGGCCCUGGCUGUGGAUCCUCCAGCUGCCAGGCCUGUGACCUGCAAUACCUCCAGGAAGAGGCGGAAGAGGAAGGGGGCAGCCCAGCCCCGGGUGCCCAGGAGAAGCCCUACAAGUGCCACUGCUGCAGUUCCACUUUCCGUGGCAAGGGGAGCCUGGCCAGCCAUCGGUCCUUGCAUGCAGGAGAGAAGCCCUACCAUUGCGGCGUCUGCGGGGCCCAGUUUAACCGGCCGGCUAACCUCAAGACGCACUUGCGCAUUCACUCCGGAGAGAAACCCUACAAGUGUGAGAUGUGCGGGUCUUGUUUUGUGCAGGUGGCACAUCUCCGGGCCCACGUCUUGAUCCACACAGGAGAAAAGCCCUACCCGUGUGGCACCUGCGGGACUCGAUUCCGGCACCUGCAGACCCUCAAAAGCCACCUCCGCAUCCACACCGGGGAGAAACCUUACCAGUGCGAGACAUGCAGCCUGCGCUUCCGCCACAAGAGCCAGCUGCGCCUGCACCUGCGCCAGAAACACGGCGCCAUCACCAACACCAAGAUCCGCUACCAGGUGCUGGACGGCCCCUACGCCAGCGCCUGCUGAGGCCGGCAGUCCGCUAUGUCCCGAACUACGACGGCCAAAAGGAUCUGACGCUCCGCGGAGAAGUUGCUCUGUGAAACAUCCCCCCCCCCAACUCACCUUUUCAAUCUUCAAUUUUCGGGCACCGAAAAAAGGGGACUUACGACCCCGUUUCGCACUUACGACCAUUGCAAGCGUCCUUGCGGUCACGGGAUCAAUGUUAAGGCGAUUAGCAACCGGCUCGUAUUUAUGACGGUGGCAGGUUCUCCUGGUGGAGUGGGAGGGUCACGUGACCCCCUUCUGCGGCCUCCCGGCGAGCAAAGUCAGUAGAGGGAUCUGGAUCCACUUAGUGACCGUAGGGCUCACCUAAUCGCCGAAGCGGAUUGCUCAACCGUCACAAUGAAAAAGGUCACAAAAUCGGGUGUGAUCCGCUUAGCGACCGCCACAAUUGCCCCCCCCAAAAAAGAUCACAAAAUCAGGUGUGACUCGUACGGUGAUGGGAAAUCUGGUCCCAAUUGGCGUCGUAAGUCGAGGACUACCAGCAAGUGGGGAAGGAGAGGGGAGGGGUCGAAAAGACCCCUGUUGCCGUUACCCAGGCCUCCCCCCCCAUUUAGCACCUUCCCUUAAUCUUAUUCUUUCCAGCUGGGACUACAAUUCCCAUCAUCCCAUUGCUGGUUGGGGGAUGAUGGGAAUCGCACCCUUGGGGGGGGGAGGCCGACCAAGAAUUACCUCCUCACCCCUCCCACCAUCCUUCCUUCCACCUUUGGAAAAUAGGGGCGGGGGCUUUGAAUGGUGCCCAAUCCUGCAGGGAGAGCUAAAAUCUCAGAUUUAUAUAAUAUAUGUGCAGCUUUUUAUGGGUUGGGUUUCAGGAAUUUGUGGAGUGUGUGUGUGUGUGUCUGUUUGCAGCAAGGUUUGCUUGUUUAAAAGACCUACUGAGCUCUUUUUUUGGCAGAUUUGAGGUGGGGGCAGCCUUUCAGAAACAGACAACAGGGCGGGGUUGGACUAGAUGACCUUCAAGGUCCCUUCCAGCUCUAUUCCGAUUGAUGGAUUGAUGGAUUGAAAUGGUAUAGGCUCUCCUGAUUGAGCAGGGGGUUGGACUAGAUGACCUCCAAGGUCCC